AUGGAAUUCGAUGGCCUUGAGAUGAUAGCAGUUUUGGUGGUGCUUGCCUUGUUUGUUAAAGUGCUGGAACAGUUUGGACUUUUCGAACCAGUGGUCAUCGAAGGAGACAGCAUUGAGGAUGAAUUUGAACCAUCCACAGUGUGUCACCGACCUGAAGGCCUGGAACAGCUUCAAGGGCAAACGAAGUUCACCAAGAAAGAACUCCAGGUCCUCUAUCGGGGCUUCAAAACUGAGUGUCCCAGUGGUGUUGUUAAUGAAGAGACAUUUAAACAGAUUUAUUCCCAGUUCUUUCCUCAAGGAGACUCCAGCAUGUAUGCACACUUCCUGUUCAAUGCCUUUGACACAGACCACAAUGGCUCUGUCAGUUUCGAGAACUUUGUGACAGGUUUAUCUGUCAUUCUCCGUGGGACUAUUGAUGACAAACUCAGCUGGGCAUUUAACCUGUAUGAUUUAAAUAAAGACGGCUGCAUAACCAGAGAGGAAAUGCUGGAUAUUAUGAAAUCCAUUUACGACAUGAUGGGAAAGUACACCUACCCGACAGUGAGGGAGGAAUCACCACAGGAACACGUGGAAACCUUCUUCCAGAAAAUGGACAAGAAUCGAGACGGAGUUGUCACCAUUGAGGAGUUUAUUGAAACCUGUCAGAAGGAUGAAAAUAUCAUGAAGUCAAUGCAACUUUUCGAGAAUGUUAUCUAGAGGUCAGAGGUUGACCUGACUCCUUGCCCUCCUUCUUUGGCAGUCGCCUUGAUUGAAAAACUUUUACUCAGAUCCUGGAUUUGUCCACUGGGUGCCUACACCUUCUCCUACCAUCACUCAUGUGGUUGUGGUGGGAGGAGCUGGAUUGUAGGUCUUUCUAAAAAGCACUGAGAGAGGGGAGGAG